AUGCUGCCAAGUUUUGCCAUGAGAACAAAGCUGCUUCUCCUGCUGUUGCUGCUGCUGCUGCUGCCCAGCAAAGCCAGUGGGAGAAAAUGUCCCCUCGAUUUCACCAAGGAUCGGGAUGGGGUGUACAAUUAUUACCACCCAGGCCAUCUCUUCCUUGGUGGGAUUGUCCCUCCACGACCAGGACAGAUUCGGCCAGACACCUUCCAGGAGCCUCUCUUUAACCAACUGGCUUGGAAAGGUGGCAAUUCAUACUGGUUCCUUCUGUCCUUUCUUUUUGCCAUUCAAGAGAUCAACCGGAAUCCCUGGGUUUUGCCCAAUGUCACCCUGGGUUAUGACAUCUAUGAGAACUAUUAUGACGCACGAAUGACCUCUGAUGCCCUGGCAGACUUGCUCUCCACCGGAGAGGCAAAUGUUCCAAACUACAGGUGUGGGAGAGAAAAGAGGUUGCUGGCUGUGAUUGAAGGGGCUGAGUCUGACAUUUCUGAGCAGAUUUCCACCUUGUCCAGCCUCUACAAAAUGCCACAGGUCAGUUACGGUUUUGUGUCUGAGACUCUGAAUGAUAAGACUCGGUUCCCCUUCAUCUACCGGUUGGUCCCCAAAGAAGAUUACUUGUAUUGGGGCAUUGCCAAAUUGCUCCACCAUUUUGGGUGGAACUGGGUCGGUCUCCUUGCACCAGACACUGAAAACGGAGAAAGAUUCCUACGCACUUUGAACCCCAUAUUAACCAGGAGCACAAUUUGCGUGGCCUUCUCCGUGAGCAUCCCAACGUUGCUCUGGAAAAUGGGACUGCUGUCCAAGGAACCAUCUACCAUGUGGAAUCACGUCAGUGUUUUCAUUUACUAUGGGGAAUCUCGCUACUUCUACACUUCAAUACUCAUAAUGCAACGUUAUACUGAAGCUCAUGUGAGGUCCCUUGUGGGGAAAAUUUGGGUGAGCACAGCAAUGUGGGACCUCACCCUGAACUUAUCCUACAACAUCCUGUCUCCCCAGCAUCUCCGGGGUUUUUUCUCUUUCUUAAUUCAUACUGAAAAAAGACCACAGUACGUUUAUGAGACAUUUUUUCUUCCUAUGCAAGAUUUUGGCAGGAAGGCCUUUGAUUGCUUGUAUUCUAAACUCUUUUCCUCUGUGAAAGGGCGGAUGAGGUGCCGGGAGAAAGAGGAUCUGGAGACCCUGCCAGAAGAGGUGCUGGAAAAAAUCCUCUCUCUGGACGGCUACGGUAUUUACAACCUUGCCUGGGCAGUUGCUCGGGCUUCACACGCUGCCUACUUAUCCAGGUCCAAGUGGAAAGCAAAGAAGGAAAGGGAUCACAGGCUGGUCCUUCAGGCGUGGCAGCUUCAUUCUUUCCUGGGAGAUGCCCACUUCUACAAUACUUGCAUGGAUGGAGUGUAUCUGGAUGAGAAAGGGGACCUCGCUGCCAAAUUUGAUAGCGUGAAUUGGGUGUCCUUUCCCAAUCGGUCUUUUGGGGCAGUGAAGUUUGGGAGGAUAGAUAAACCAUGGGGGUCGCAAGAUCUGGAAUUCAUCCUUGACCAGGAGGCCACAAAUUGGUCCCAGCGGUUUAACCAGUCCCUCCCUCGCUCCAGGUGUACUGAAAGCUGUCACCCCGGCCAAGCCAAGGUGGUCCUAGAAGGAAGGCCUCUCUGCUGCUACGGGUGUGUCUCGUGUGCAGAAGGCUCCAUCUCCACUCAGGAAGAUGCCGAGCAGUGCAGAAGGUGUCCAGCAGAUCACCGUCCAAAUAAGGAGCAAGACAAAUGCAUCCCCAAGGAGGUCACCUUCCUGUCAUACCAAGAAGACUUGGGGAUGAUCCUGGCUUCCUUUGCCCUCAUCAUGUCUUUGGUCACAGCCUUGGUCUUAGCAAUCUUCAUCAGAUUCUUAGAAACUCCCAUAGUCAAGGCCAACAACCGGGACCUCUCCUACAUCCUCCUGGUCUCUCUGCUGCUUUCCUUCUUGACCUCCCUUCUCUUUAUUGGCUGUCCAAGGCCGGCCACCUGCCUGCUCCGACAAACCGCCUUUGGCAUCAUCUUCUCCAUUGCCGUCUCUUCUGUCUUGGCCAAAACAAUCACAGUGGUGCUGGCUUUCCUGGCCACGAAUCCUGGGAACACCAUGAGGAGAUGGCUGGGAAAAACUCUGGCCAACUCCAUUGUCCUUUCUUGCUCUGGUCUCCAAGUUGUCAUCUGUAUCAUCUGGCUGGGAGUUUCCCCCCCAUUCCCUGAAUCUGACCUGCACUCCCAGCCAGAGAAGAUUGUCUGGCAGUGCAAUGAAGGCUCUGUGGCCAUGUUUUAUGGUGUCCUUGGCUACAUGGGCUUCCUAGCCACCAUCUGCUUCAUGGUGGCUUUCCUGGCCAGGAACCUGCCUGGGGCCUUCAACGAAGCCAAGCUGAUCACCUUCAGCAUGCUGGUCUUCUGCAGCGUCUGGGUCUCCUUUGUGCCCACCUACCUGAGCACCAAGGGGAAGUACAUGGUGGCCGUGCAGGUCUUCUCCAUCUUGGCCUCCAGUGCUGGCCUGCUGGGCUGCAUCUUCAUCCCCAAGUGCUACAUAAUAUUGUUACGACCUGAUCUGAAUACAAAGGAGCACUUAACGACAAAAACUAGAGAUAGUUUGAACAGGAAUGCAAAAGACUCCUAUCCUUCUCAUAACCCUCUGAAAAGUCAUUUGUCACAGUCGGAUUCCCUCUAG